CCUCACUUUAUAUGCAGAUGAAUAUUUUAUUUUUUAAUGUGAAAAUAAAUAAAGUGGAUAAAUAAACACACCUGACAGUACCUGGGAAUGAUUAAUAUUUAUUAUUAACUUGUAUCGACGCCAAACAUGGCGUGUUCUUUAUGGAAACUGUGUACUUUCAAAUUAAAUACAUCAGUAGGUCCCUCUCUAUGUGGAGCGAUCAGAAAAGGGCACCACUUGAGGGGAUUGCCGCCAGGAAUAGCAAAAUCCUUGGAGCAAAAACUUGAAGAACAGCGCUACAAGGACCCUUCUGUUCAUUUCCGUGUUGAUAUAAGUUUGCCACCUCCACAAUACUCCAGGUCUAAGCAAUUACAGGAGAGGUUAAAAGUUAUGAAAAUUCAUCGGAAGGACCCCGAAUUGGAAAAAUUAUCGAGAAACAAAAAAUUACUGAUAGACUUGGAUGAAGUAAAACAAGAGUGGAACAAAACGGCUGGACCAUAUCAUAUUAAGCAAAUAGCCGAUCAUUACGGAAUUUUCGAACAUUUAUUUGGAGAUGCUUAUUUUUACCCUCGCGUUCCUCUGAAUAUCGCUUACGAUGUGGAGGGUGGUAAGCUGCCGGUUUAUUUUGGAAAUACAGUGAAACCGUCGGAAGCAAAAUCUAAACCAGAAGUUAUUUUCGACAGUGACGAUAAUACAUUAUGGACGCUCGUUCUAACCAAUCCAGAUGGACAUUUCACGGACCCAGAAAGCGAAUAUGUCCAUUGGUUCGUUGGAAAUAUCCCGGGGAACAAAGUUGAGGAAGGUGAAACUAUAAUGGAAUACUUGCAACCCUUCCCGCCAAAGGGAAUCGGGUAUCAAAGACUUGUAUUUGUACUGUACAAACAAACGAAACGGCUCGAUUAUUCCAAUUUUAAAACGGAUGGUCCGUGUUUCGUUUUAUCAGAGAGGACGUUUUCCACAUACAAUUUUUACAGAAACCUUCAAGACGAUUUGACGCCUGCAGGUCUAGCGUUCUUCCAAUCAGUUUGGGAUUCAUCUUUGAAGAACUUCUAUCAUAACGUUUUAAAUAUGAAGGAGCCGAUAUUUGAGUACGACUUCCCGCCCCCGUAUAUUAGAAAACAGGAAUGGUUCCCCAUCCGUAAGCCUUUCAAUCUUUACAUGGACAAGUAUCGAGACCCGAAACAAAUCAACAAGGAAUUUCUGUUGAGGAAGUUAAAAGACGUUCACCCGUUCAAACCGAGACCUGCGCCUUUACCGUAUCCGAACGCUCAAUACUUUGAGGGAUACGUGCCUAGCUGGCUGAAGCUGGAAAUUACCAAGUCCAGGCUGAAAUGGGGGAGGAUAAACGAUAUCGAAUAAGCAGUUGCUACUAAUAUUAAACUUUAAACCUGUAUUAUUUUUACUGGAAAAACACAAAAUUUCCUUCAAUUAAAAAGUCACGACCAAUUGAAAAGUUGAUUUUCUUGUUGUAACGACGAAUGUUCACUUCAAUUAAACUCGUAUCGUUUCUGGA